AUGACUUCCGCCUCCGAGUCGGGCCUCAGCCGAGCCGCGCGUUAUGCCGUUCCUUUCGGUUUGGUCCUGAUCCCGGCGUGGAGGACCAAGGUCAACGCCGUGGUUCCGAAGCCCUACUUGGAUGAAGUGUUCCACGUACCCCAGGCACAGGCCUACUGGGCACACCAAUGGAUGCAAUGGGACCCAAAAAUCACGACUCCUCCAGGACUGUACCUGUGGUCGUAUCUUCUGUGCGCGGGGCUGUUGGUUCUCCGCGGCUCCCCGACCCAGCUCGACACGGAGGCUCUUCGCACCACCAAUGUCGCCACGACCUCGGUCUUUCUCCCUUGGAGAUUGCAGACACUUUUUGAUACGAUCCAUCGUGUGCGAAAUAACAGGGCUCUGGGAGCCUGGCUGAGCCAUACCGUGUUGAAUAUCUGCCUGUUCCCGCCACUGUUCUUCUUCUCGGGGCUGUAUUAUACCGACAUCCUCGCUCUGCUGGUCGUGGUUGAAGCGUACAAUUGGGAUCUUAAGCGGGCCUCGAGUCAAGGCUACACCGUGUUGCAGACUCUAGGCUUUCUGGUCUUUGGGUUGGCUGCUCUGGUUUGCCGGCAGACUAAUAUCUUCUGGGUGUCGGUGUUUCUGGGUGGACUGCAGGUUGUUCGUAAGAUUCGUCAAUCUUCCAAAAUAUACCGGCCAACUAGCGUGUCCGAAAUUGUGAAGAAGGGUCUGCAAAAUGAGGUGUACGACCCUUUGGUCGGCGAGGCUUCUCUACAGGAUUAUUUCAAAACUGCUAUUUCGUUUGCAGCAGUGGGCCUAAAAAAUCCCUUCUCUACCAUUGCUUCUGUUCUUCCUUAUAUCGUCAUCCUCGGGGCCUUUGGCGUCUUUGCGCUCUGGAAUGACGGUGUUGUUCUCGGACACAAGGAAUUCCACACCGCUGGCUUGCAUCUUGCUCAGAUGCUCUAUAUCUGGCCGUAUUUUGCAUUCUUCUCAUGGCCGAUCCUUGUCGUCCCCGUGAUUAAUACUCUCCUCCCGAACGCCUAUCUUCCCAAAUAUCUGAACUAUGGCUUCCAAGCGAAGCAGAAGAAGCUUCCAACCCUCGUAACGGCCUUGAUUGUCCUUCCGGCUAUGGUUGCGAUUGUUCAUUUCAACACGAUUGUGCAUCCCUUUACUCUCGCCGAUAACCGGCACUACGUCUUCUAUGUGUUCCGUCUUUUGCUGGGGUAUCACCCCGCCGUGAAGUAUGCUGCUGUUUUGGUUUAUUUCCUCUGUGCAUGGGCCGUCAUCUCCGCCUUGGGCUUCUCUGUCACCCAAGCGCCGCCCAAACUCCUCCAGGUGCCAGCCUCGAAAAAGCCGGGAGCUGCUGCACAGAAAGCAGCUGGGAAGGAGCAGCCGAAAGAAACUAGGAAGUCCCUCCGGGCAAACCGCAAGACUGAAUCUUCGCCGAAACCCAAGGCUCCGCAGCCAGAUCCAAACUCCCCUGAAGUGAUGGCCAAAAUUCGAGAGCACCUCCUCCAACGCCAGAAACAACAACAAGAGACACCGCAUGUCAGCUUCGUUCUCGUCUGGUUUGUUGCCACUGCUCUUUCUCUUGUCACGGCGCCGCUCGUCGAACCUCGCUACUUUAUCAUCCCCUGGGUGAUGUGGCGUCUGCAUCUGCCCCCGUCACCGACUCUCGCUGCGUUCCGGCAGCAGCGGCCACGCGAUGAGAGCGAGGCCACUCGCUCUGAUCUGGCCAAGAAUUCUCCCCAAUUCUUGGAGACUCUGUGGUUUGUGCUCAUCAAUGCGCUGACUGGGUAUGUGUUUCUGUACAAGGGCUUUGAAUGGCCGCAGGAGCCGGGCAGCAUCCAGCGGUUCAUGUGGUGA